GAUUUUUAAAGGCCGGUUUUACCAUAGAGCGGUACAGUUUGGAGAUAUCCCGCUACAGAAUGAUCAAACAUACACGUGAAAAGACGAACGCAGUAAAUCCCCAGAGAUUUAAAUUAUUGAAGGGUUGUACAUCCCGAAUGCAAAAAGACGGAUUGAAUAGUUUGAAAUACAAACUGCUUAAAAUUCAGCAUCACAAACUGUACACGAAUAUUUUAGUGGAAGUCAGAAAAGAGGAUUACGGAUUGUAAUAGGUGACCAGACAGCGCGUGCUUACGAUGCAGCCAGGAGUCGAAACAUGAUAUACCAGCGGAAUAGACUACGGCACAGUAAAGAGAAGACACGUCAAAAUCUGGAGCUACAAGCAUUUUGCAAUAUAAAAACGCCUUGUUUAGAGACCAGGAUUGAUAUAAGAAGAAAGGAAUGUGAAAUAAUGUUUGAAAGGAAUAAUCGGAACAUAAAUUAUGUUCACGAUAAAAUACCCACAGGAACAAAUUUAUAGCAAAUUUCUGUUCUAUCAUCAAGGAUUUUCUUAAGAAAGAUGUAUUCACGACAGGAGGCUCUAGCAUUUCAUGUUUUGUGAUUUUGUUGCUUUUUCUUCAGUUUCUUCGCAAAUAUGUAAAAGUUAUAUUAUACCCUUUAAUCGCGUAGCGAAUAUUUACAUACAUUUAUUAAUUUGUUGUUUUUGUUCUGUUUUGAUGAUUCAUAGAUUUACAACAACCGUAUAACCUUAAGGUUUAAAACUGUUUGGAGAACUCAAAAAUUAAAAGUUGCAUGCAUUUGCUUGUAGGUAGAUAUUGAUGCAGUAUAAUGACAGCAAUUUAUUUGUUUAUAAGAAUCUUCCUAUAUUCAACAAACAAAAAUCGAAAAAGAAUUAGACGAAAAAGAAAGCCAAUCAUGUGAUGGACUAAUCACUAAUAAAGAAAUUAAAGAAGCAAUCAGUCAUAUGAAGUUAAAUAAGUCACCGGGUAUUGAUGGUCUAACUGUCGAAUUCUACAAAGAAUUCUGGCCGUACAUAGAAAACAUGCUAUUAAAAAGUUUUAACGAAAGCUACCAGAAAAAGAAACUUACAGCUUCACAAAGACAAGGCGUGUUAUCACUACUAUACAAAAAAGGUGAUCCACUAAACUUAAAAAACUGGCGACCUAUCGCGCUCCUAAACAUAGAUUAUAAAAUUCUAGCAAGAUGCUCAGCUCAGCGAUUAAAGACAACUCUCCCAAAAAUAAUAAAUUCAGAUCAAAAUGGCUUCAUUAAAGGAAGAUAUAUAGGUUAUAACAUUAGACAAAUCAAGGAUAUACUCAACUACACAGAAAAGCAUAAAAUAAUGCAGCAAUACUAUUUUUAGACUUCGCGAAAGCGUUUGACACAGUUGAAUUAGAAUUUCUUUACCAAACACUCUCCAAAUUUGGCUUUAACCAACACUUUAUAAACUGGAUUAAAAUACUGUAUAAUAACAUAAACUGUGUAAUCAGUAUUAAUGGUUGGAUAUCCGAACCAGUCAAAAUAUCUAGAGGUAUCCGACAAGGAUGUCCAGCAUCAGCAUUACUGUUCGUUAUAUUGGCAGAAAUCAUGGCUACAAGAAUUAGGAGUGAUCAAAAUAUAUUAGGCUUAUCCAUAAAGAACAAUCAACAACGUCCAUUCAAGAUAUCGCAGCUAGCCGAUGAUACUACACUAUUUCUAAAAUCAAAACAAGAUAUUAAAAAAGCCUUAAACAUAAUAGAAACAUUUGGUUCACUCUCACGAUUAAUUUUAAACAGAGAAAAAACUAAAGGUUUAAGACUAGGAAAUCAAAGAAAGAUUGAAGAUGAAUUUGAAGACAUCACAUGGACAGAUGAAAUCAUUAAAGCACUAGGAGUACACUUCUGCCUUAAUCACAAAAAAAUGUUAGAAAUGAAUUGGAAUGAGAAAAUAGAAAAAAUGAAAAAAAUUAUAAAUAACUGGAAAAGGAGAAAGCUAACCAUGAUCGGAAGGGUACAAAUAGUUAAAUCCUUACUCUUACCUCAACUAACAUUUUUAAUGUCUAUGCUGCAUAUAGACCAAAACACGAUAAAACAAGUUGAAAAGAUAAUAUAUAAUUACAUUUGGGAAGGAAAGACAGAGAAAGUAAAAAGAAACACAAUGAUUAAACCAUACAUAGAAGGUGGUCUGAACUCCAUAGACAUAAGAUCACAUAUUGACACAGUGAGAAUUAAUUGGCUUAAAAAACUGGAAACCGAAGAUAAAGCACUAUGGAAAGUUAUUCCACAAUUUGAGAUAAAUAAGUUUGGUUCAAAGUAUCUCAUAUGUAAAAUGAAUUUAGACAAUUUAAAAAAUCUCCCUAUCAGCGAAAAUAUAUCUCCAUUCUAUUAUGAAAUUUUAUCAACAUGGAUGAAAUUAAAAAAAUCAAAUGAACCCAAAAAAUACAAUGAAAUACUUGCACAAAUUAUAUGGGGAAAUAAAUAUAUAAAGCUUAAGGGCAAAACCCUCCUAUUCAAAAACUGGAUAGACUCCGGUAUAAUUACAAUAAAAGACCUAUUACAAAACAAUAACAACUUAGAUGAAAACAAUAUAUAUCGAAAACUCAUUAGAAAAUGCAACUGGCUAUCAGAGAUAUCGAUGUUUAAAAAAGCUAUACCAAAAAUAUGGCUAAGGAAAAUAGAAGAGAGUGAUGUAGAUCUACAGAACUUUACAGCCAGAAUAAAAAAUCAACUUAUGUUGAAAUUCCCAAAACAAGAACCUAUCAAAAUUGAAAAAUGCACAAAUCAAAAAAUUUACAAACAUAUUGUCAGCAUGAAGUCAGAAAAACCAAUAGCUCACUUAUACUGGGAAAACAAGCUAAAUUUGAGCGACAUAAGUAUUACAGUGAAAUGUUCAAAUGAAUUCAUAUUCAAACAUUUACAAAAUAAUAAACUGAAAGAAUUUAAAUGGAAAUUCUUAAAUAAAAUUAUACCAACGAGGGAAAUAUUACAUAAAUGGAAAAUUAGUAAAUCACCGAACUGUAACUACUGCAAGGUAAAGGAAGACUACGAACACUACUUCAUAAAAUGUGAAUAUUUACAAGUUCUCUCUAACAGAUUAAAACAAAUAUUUGAAACCCUUGGUUAUAAAAAAGAUAUGCUAACAUUAAAAAACUUGGUUAUUGGAUAUAAAAUAGAAUACCCCAAAUAUAAUGAAAUAAACCACCUGCUAACAGUAAUUGGAUACAGUAUAUACAAAAGUUACUACAUCAGUAUAUCAUAUUGGAGGAACAUUCCUCACAAUAUUUUACAAGUAAUAGCAAUAAACAAAGCUAAAAUAAUAAGUAUAAUUAUGUAUAUACUAUAUAACCAAAUAUAUACAUUGAUAUAUUUCUUUAAACGAAAGCAUACGUAAUUAGGUCGAUAAAUGAAACACGUGUUCUGGCCCGUGGUUGAGCAGACGAAACCACUACGCCGUAGUCUACGGUACAUUAAAGGUAACGAAGUUUAACUUCUUCUUUCAAAAAAAUAUAUGGCAUAUGUAUCGCAAUAACAAAUAAAAAAAAUAAAAUAAAAUAGUAAUACAUACCAAUUCUAGCCUUCGCCAUACGGCAUCCUCGAGAAACACAUGUGCAUGGCCACGAUAUCACGCUGAGCAGUCGGAACACCUCGGAUUUCAUUCUAUGGCAACACAUCCAAGGUGUUCCGAGAUAGUGAGAUUAAUCUACCAAUUCCUUUCUUUACUGAUUAUUAUUGUUAUCUAUAUAGAUUUCUAUUUCAUUAAUGUUAUAAAAAAAAUUAAUAAAUAAACAAAAUGUAAAUAUCCAUAAAACGAGAAAAAGUGAAAAUAUGCUGAUUGUAAGGAUGACGAGUGAAAGUAGAAAAAUAUGAAUGAAUGAGUGAAAGCCCUCCUGCGAGAGGACACCUAUUGUAUUGUAUAUACAUGUAUUAUGUGUAA